UCAACCGUCAACGCCCACGUUCAGGCAAGAACGUUCACACGUUGACCGCGACCACUACGUCCAAGGUUGUCAGCACAGAACUGGUGAAAUUUUGCAGGAUGUAUCCAACUGGUGGAUCAUUUCGGGGUUCCAGAGGAACUUGUAUUGAACAAAUACUCAAGAAGAAUUUGCCAACAACAUCAGGACCAACCCGAUCACCAUCUAACAUGAAUACUGGCUUUGACCAGCAAGUGAAAAGCACUUUUAAACCUGGUCAUGAUGGAAGACCAAAAGUCUCUCCUAAAACACUGAUUGACAGAUACAAGAAUGGAGAGACGAAUGCUAUAUCUUUGCUCCAUCAGCUUGCCCAGACUUUGCAGUUCCAUCUGGAAAUGAAGGAGACAGUAGCCCCAGCCAGUACUACGGGGCUUUAUUUUGCCUUUUGUGCUGUAAUCGAUGGAGUACAGUACAAGACUGGUAUAGGGAUAACAAAGAAGGAGGCUCGCCUGAAUGCAGCGGAGCUCGCUUUUCAGGAUCUCCUGCCCACCCUGGAGAGUCUGAAAUCUGCACUUCCUGAAGCAUCAUCCUUGGAUGUCCCUGCACCUUUGCCAGUAAAAGAGGAGCCCGCCAUUUCUGAUAUCCAUGCUCGUGGAGCCAUGCUCGAAAGGAAGCCAUUUGUCAAUCUGCAGAUUCCACAUGCUGUCAAGGAUCGGCUCACGAAACUGAUGAAUAGUCACCCAGAGUUCUCCGGAUGUGCAGUCACCACAGCAGCAUUCAUUCUUCAGACUUCCAAUGGAUAUGAAGUGGUUGCUCUUGGGACCGGUAAUUUCAAUACAAAAGAGAGUAUCUCAUCGAACGGGAGGAUUGUGCAUGAUUCACACGCAGUUGUCACAGCAAGAAGAUCUCUUAUGAGGUUCCUGUACCGGCACCUGCUGAUGUUUUUCAGCAAAAAUGCAAAUCUCACUCAGACGUCAAUCUUCCAGCAAAGCAGCAGCAGCAGCAGCUUCCUCAGCCUGAAGAGUGGUAUAACUCUUCACCUCUAUGUCAACCAACUACCAAAGGGUGCUGCGCAGAUCCCUUCCAAACUGCGCCUGAACCCACUCUCCAUGUCAGCAUGGCAAGUUAACAACGAGAUCAGCCUACACCUGUCUGUGGAGGGCAAGGUGUUCUCGGUUUUCUCAUCACUCCUUGAUCACUCUAACUCCAAAGUUGUCAGCAUGUCCACAACAGACAAGAUCACUCAGUGGCAGGUCCUUGGAUACCAGGGAGCCUUGCUUAGCCACUUUAUCGAGCCCAUCUAUGUCCACAGCAUCCUCAUAGGUGACUCUGACUGUAGUGAAAUUCGUGGCAUGGAGAUGUCUGUCAGCCAGCGUGUAGAGGGCAUCACCUCCAAGCUGCCCAUGUUCUAUUGCAUGAUGAGGCCUCACAUUAGCCUGGUGUCAUCUGUGGCUUCCAGCCGUGCAGGCGGUAACCAGCUGACCUACGGUAUCAACUGGAGCGAGGGAGACAGCUCCCUGGAGGUUGUGGAUGGUCUGGAGGGCAAGACCAUAGAGGACUCUCCCUUUAAGAGUGGAUCUGCCCUAGCGAGCCGUCUGUGCAAAGCAGCGAUGAUGCACCGCUUCAGGUUGGUGGCCAAAGAGGCUCAGAGGACGGACCUGCUGGCCACAAGUACCUACAGAGAAGCCAAGAUGAUGGCAAAGCCAUACCAGGAAGCCAAGAAUGUGCUGCGGGCGUACCUGUUGCAGAAGGGCUUUGGUUCCUGGCAAGACAAGGUUUUGGUUAGUGAUAACUUCAGCAUGUGAAUAAUGUUACAACAUUAAAGAAGAAUGUUGAUCAAUAAUCAGUUGUGUUCAAAAUGUUCAACCUACUUUUCAUUUGCACCACUUGCUGCAUGUUGGUUUGUUUUUUCAAAAUACAUUUAAAGAUUUGUAGAAAAUAAUUUGAAAGCACCCAACAUAGAAUAUUGCACCACAACUGGUCUUUAGUUUUGCUUCUUUCAGUUAAUACAUGUACUGUAUAUUAAGUACAUUCUUUCUUUAUUAACAUUUGCACUGGUUCAUAUACUGUAUCUUUUGUGAUGGAAAUGGCCAUAGAGCUUAGGACAGAAAAAAUAAAAGUAUGUCAGCCAAAGCUCAUAAUAUCUA